AUGGUGGAUGCUGUAGUGACAUUUGUGUUGAAUAGGGUUGGGGACUAUCUCAUCAAAGAAGCAGCCUUGCUAAGUGGAGUGAGAGGUGAAGUGGAGUCACUCAAAAAAGAGUUAGAAUGGAUGAGCUGUUUCAUGAAGGAUGCUGAAGAUAAACAAGUUGACAGCCCUUUGAUAAGACAGUGGGUGUCUGACAUCCGGGAAAUUGCUUAUGAUUUUGAGGAUGUCUUAGAUGAAUCCAUGCUUCAUGUCGGUGAUAAAGAUGAAGAAGGGGAGUCUCCAGAAGGAAAGCACGGACUCUUUAGUGCCAUUAAGAAAUGGGUCGCUAAAUGUUCUCGCAAGGGGAGGGAGAAGGUAACUACGUACAAUAUUGGCAAGAAGAUUGAAUCUCUAAAAACGAGACUCAGUGAUGUUUCUCGUAGAUGUGAAUUUUAUGGCCUGAGAGACAUCAAUAUCAAGAGGGAUGAAGACAACCUUGCUCGAAGGCGUCAUGUGAUCUCUAUUUGGGGCACUGGUGGCUUGGGCAAAACAACCCUUGCUGGAAAACUUUACAAAAGUAGUGCAAUCAAAGGAAAUUUUGAUUGUUGUGCUUGGGUUUCUGUAUCUCAGCAUUUCAACAUCGAAGAUCUUCUUCAAAGAAUCAUAAAAUCUUUUGGGUUUUCAGCGGAGAAAUUGGAGAGAAUGAGUGAAGAAGAUUUGGAGAGGUAUGUUCAUGAAUCUUUGCAAGGGCGCAAAUAUUUGGUGGUAAUUGAUGAUGUAUGGCAGAAAGAAGCCUGGGCAAGCCUCAAAAGAGCCUUUCCAGACAAUGAGAACGGUAGCAGAUUAAUUAUUACUACUCGGAUCAGAGAUGUUGCAGAGCGUUCAGAUGAAAGAACUUGUGUACAUGAACUUCGUUUUUUAAAGCCAGAUGAGAGUUGGCAGUUAUUCUGCCAAAAGGCUUUUUCGAAUUUAAAUAUAGAUGAAGGACUGGAGAAGUUGGGAAGAGAGAUGGUAGAAAAAUGUCGUGGUCUACCACUUGCCAUUGUUAUAUUAGGUGGCUUACUUUCAACAAAGAAACCACAAGAAUGGAAUUUGUUAUGUUUUCUCUAUUUAAGACAUUUUCUAGAAGACCGUGUAAUCAUCACAGAUAAACUGAUUCGCCUGUGGGUGGCUGAGGGUUACAUACCGCACAAUAAAGAAAUAAUGGAAGAUGUGGCUCGCAGUUACUUGAAUGAGUUGAUUAACAGGAGCCUUAUUCAGAAAGAGAAAACGCGCCUGGGCAAGGUUGUCAAAUGUCGGAUUCAUGAUCUUUUGAGGGAAUUAAUGAUUCAAAAGGCAACAGAGCUCAACUUUAUUCAAACUUAUGACGAAAUGAAAAACUCAGCACCUCACUCUUCCAUGCUGUCAUGUCGGCGACAAGCUAUUUACUCUGGGAUGAAAGGGACCGCGUGGCUUCAACAGUGUAAUCCGCUCUUGCGUUGUCUUUUAUUCUUUGAUCUCAAUAAAGAACGCCCAACAAUGUCGCAAUUCGUAUCAACUUUGUGCAAAACAUUCAAGUUUCUAAGAGUGCUCGAGUUUGCGUAUUUCCGGCGAAGAUCAAGUUGGUCCUUACCCAAAGAUAUAGAUAAGUUGAUUCACUUGAAGUAUUUGAGUUUGAGGGAUACAGGGAUUUACCAUAUUCCGGAAUAG